GCGGCUGGGCUGACCAGCAAGCUGGGCAGACUCGACUAGGGACAGCAUUCUCCUGGGAAAGUCGCCCGACUUCCGGUUGGAGACAGCACCGGGACUCCCUCCGCUCUCCACCCGCCCCAGGUGAGGGCACUGCCGUCGCCCUCCCCUCCCCUGGCAGACGAGGAACGGAGGCCACAGCUGACGUGUGGCUGGGUUUCUGUCUGGACAGCUCUGCCCCCGGAGCCCACCUAACCCUGCCCUGUCUCAUCACUGCGAAGGACGACUGGCCCUGCAGGAGAGGUUUUCUGGCCCCAGCUUUUGUCUUGAUACACAGCCAAUCCUCUGUCCCUCCACACCCCCUUCUCAGAGGGUUGUGCUUGGGGAGGGUGGAAGGCCAGUGUGGGGGCAGCAGGGAGGGUUAGGCUCGCCUGACUCUGCAGCUCACACACAGCCCUCCCUACCAGCUCCCAGACAAUGACCUUCCAGGUGGCAGGCCUAGGCCUAGACAAGAUGAAGCUGGAUAGUCCGCAGUCUUUCCUGGACACAGAGGAGGUGGAGGAGGUGGAGGAUCAGCAGCUGCUGGAACCGGAGGCAUGGAGGACCUAUAUGGAGCGCCGCAACACCCUGCGCGAGUUUCUGACUGCAGACCUCAGUCCCCACCUGCUCAAGCGCCACCACGCCCGCAUGCAGCUGCUUAAGAAGUGCUCCUACUACAUCGAGAUCCUCCCCAAGCACCUGGCUCUGGGUGACCAGAACUCAUUGAUGCUGCCCAACACCAUGUUUCAGCUCAUUGACCCCUGGAAGUUCCAGCGCAUGAAGAAGGUGGGCACGGCGCAGACCAAGAUCCAGCUCCUGCUGCUUGGGGACCUGCUGGAGCAGCUGGACCGUGGCCGCCUAGAGCUGGACUCCCUGCUUGAGUCGCCGGACCCUCGGCCUUUCCUGGCCGGCUGGGGGCUGGUGGAGCAGCGCCUGGUAGACCUGUCAGCCACCAUGGACAACUUCCUGGCCAUGAUGGUGCCGAGCCGCCUGCAUAUCAAACACCGCUUGGUGUCUGACAUCAGGGCCACCAAAAUCCCACACAUCCGGCUCAUGCUGAGCACCAAGAUGCCAGUCAUGUUUGACCGAAAGGAGUCAGUGGCCCACUGGGACUGGGUCAGCCUGCGCUGGUUUGUCACCGUCCAGCCGGCAGUGCCGGAACAGUUCGAACUGCGCUUCAAGCUACUGGAGCCACGGACACAGCAGGAGUGCAUGCAGUGCGGUGUCAUCCCAGUAGCAGCUUGCACCUUUGAAGUCCACAACCUGCUGCCCAAUCGCACCUACAAGUUCACUGUCAAGAGGGCGGAGAGCUACACACUGGUGUAUGAGCCCUGGCGGGACAGCCUCACCCUGCAGACCUCUCCAGGGCCUCCUGAGGGCUUUACCCCCAGUCGGCUGGGCAAGCUCAGCCCGCCCCUGACUGCACCUUCUGAGAGAUGAUUUUCUAAUAUUUAUCCACUAAUAAAGAGGAGUAUACAUACGCUGAAUUAAACAAACCUGCUUAGGGUUUAAGGUGGCAGCA